UAUGGUGCUUGUUAAUGACAUCAGCACUUCUGAUUUGCAUAAUAUAUGCAUAUAAACAAAUAUCAAAAUACACAAACCUAUACAGUGUAUCACAACAUUUACAACAAAAAGGCAUACAGUGUUAUGUCUGGAGGUGGAGGGACACAAGACAUCAUGGUUCCCAGUAUACAUGUUGUUGUGUUCUACCCCUCCCCCACCUUUUCCCCACAGGUUGUUUCUGUACUUAGUUAUUCUGCCCGGCAACAGCUGUUCUGACAAGAGAUGGAUUCCUGGUUCUGAUUGGACGUCCAGAUUCUGCCCGUCAAAUGUGUUCUUCUGCCCAGCGAUGCUUCUACCCCCCAACAGCAUUCUGAUUGGCUACAGGCCCAAUGGCGGGAACAGGAUUUUCCCCCUAAAUACAGGACUCUGGUGUCUCCAGCUCAGUCAGCCUGUGGUGAAGAUUAGGAGAAGGGAACUCAUGUGUGGACAUGUUUAUUAUUAUAGUUCUGGUCUAUAAUAUGGAAUCUUUGCAGGAAAGUUCUGGAGGAACAAUGAGUGGACUAGAAAACCCCAUAUCAGAGAAUGGAAAGAAGCAAUUUUCAUGUCCGGAAUGUGUGAAGCUUUUUACUAGGAAAGUAAAUCUUGUGGAUCAUAUAAAAACUCACACAGGGGAGAAACCAUUUUCAUGUCCAGAAUGUGUGAAGAGUUUUAGUAAUAAAUCAAUUCUUGUAAAACAUUUGAGAACUCACACAGGAGAGAAGCCAUUGUCAUGUCCAGAAUGUGUGAAGUGUUUUACUAGGAAAGUGCAUCUUGUGGAUCACAUGAGAACUCACACAGGAGAGAAACCAUUUUCAUGCUCAGAAUGCGCAAAGUGUUUUAGUAAUAAAUCAAAUCUUGUAACACAUCUGAGAAGUCACACAGGAGAGAAGCCAUUUUCAUGUCCAGAAUGUGUGAAGAGUUUUAGUCAUAAAUCAACUCUUGUGGAACAUAUGGGAACUCACACAGGAGAGAAACCAUUUUCAUGUCCGGAAUGUGUGAAGAGUUUUAGGAAUAAAUCACAUCUUGUAAAACAUCUGAAAACUCACACAGAAGAGAGACCAUUUUCAUGUCCAGAAUGUGUGAAAUGUUUUAGAAUUAAAGCAACUCUUGUGGAACAUAUGAAAACUCACACAGGAGAGAAGCCAUUUUCAUGUCCGGAAUGUGCAAAGUGUUUUAGUCAAAAAUCAAGUCUUAUGGAACAUAUGAGAACUCACACAGGAGAGAAGCCAUUUUCAUGUCCAGAAUGUGUGAAGUGUUUUAGUCGUAACUCAAGGCUUGUAAAACAUCUGAGAAAUCACACAGGAGAGAAUCAGUUGUCAUAUACAGUAUAUGGCUAAUGUUUUAACCAAAACUCAAAUUCAUAUGUAUACAUGAGGACAAACAUAAAGAAGAAGUCAUAUCCAUGUUCAGAAUGUGGAAAAUGUAUUAGUAAGACAUCUUGUUAAAAAUCUUAGAGCACACACAGGGGAGAAGCCAUUUUUAUGUUCAAUAUGUGAAAAAUGUUUUAGACCAAAAUGAAAU